CAUGUGGAUGGCUGUCAUCUUCUCCAAAACCCAGAGAUUCUCUCCUUUUUCUCUGAUGUCCUUUGUCUUCUCCUUCAAAUGGCUUCUCCUUCCCACCCUUUCUCUUCCAGACCACCCUUUCCGGGAAAAAGCUCCAUACACCCCCUUCAUGAUGCCCAUUAAUCUUCCGUUAUUUUCUUGGAAAAUAUUUUGGAUCUUUGCUUGAUGGGUUUUCCUGAGCAACUUUGAUUCGAUUUCUUUCCCAACUGCCGCUAAGGGUUCCGGCGAGUGGAAAGGAAGUUGCAGAACGGGCAAUGUACUAAUAAAGCAGCCCUUUUCAGCUUUCAUGGAGGAAAAGCAUGGAAAAUGGCAUGCUGUCGGGAUUAAGAAGUUCCUGGAGAUUGGAUUGAAGGGUACAAAUUGCAGAGAUAUUUGAAGCCAAAUCGGAGGAUAAGAAAUGCCAACAGUUUGGAUGUAUCUGAAGAGAUCUUUACACUGCAAAUCGGCGCCAUCAGAUGUCCAUGAUCCGAAGAGCAAGAGACAGUUGCGAGCAAUCUUGACGAGGAAAGCAAGGAGAUCAGGCUGCUCAAGAUCCAUAGCGAACCUCAAAGAUGUCAUCCAUGGAAGCACAAGGCGGUUGGAAAGGCCACCGAGCUGCAGCCCAAGAUCCAUAGGCAGCAAUGAAUUCCUCAACCCAAUAACCCAUGAAGUGAUUCUGAGCAACUCGAGAUGUGAGCUCAAAAUCACCGGCUUUGGUGGUUUUCAGGAAGAACCCGGCGACGGCGGCGGUUCAACAUUUGUGGGUACUUUAAGGCCUGGGACGCCUGGCCCUGGAGGUCACCCCACGAUGCACUAUUUCAACCCUGCAUUUAGGGCAUCAACGAAUCAGAGAAGGGAAGGCUUUGGGUUUGGUGGUUCUGCCAUUUCCGUCGGCGGCUCAGCCGGCGGAAGAGGAGGAGGAGGAAGCAAAGGGAAAUCGGCUGUGACAUGUCACAAGUGUGGAGAGGAGUUUGGGAAAUGGGAAGCUUUGGAAGCUCAUCAUCUUUCCAAGCAUGCCGUUACUGAGCUCGACGAGGGAGACUCGUCUCGAAAGAUUGUCGAGAUAAUUUGUCGAACGAGCUGGCAAAAGUCCGAGAGUCCCUGCGGCCGGAUCGACAAGGUUUUGAGGGUUCACAACAUGCACAAGACUCUCGCUCGGUUUGAAGAAUACAGGGAAACAGUGAAGCUCAAUGCCAGCAAACUAGCCAAGAAAAACCCGCGGUGUCUAGCUGACGGGAACGAGCUGCUGAGGUUCUACGGCACCACCGUGGCAUGCUCCCUCGGCUCCAACGGCACAUCUCACCUUUGUACGUUUAACAGAUGUCGUCUUUGUCGCAUUAUACGAAAUGGCUUCUCCACCAAAGAGGACCUAACGGGUGGAAUAGGCGUUUUCACCACGUCUACAAGUGGGAGAGCGUUCGAAUCUACAUCACUAGACGAAGACAAAGACAAAAACAAAAACGAAAACGAUUUGUGCAUGAGGAAAGCUUUGAUAGUCUGCAGAGUGAUCGCGGGUAGGGUUCACAAACCACUGGAGAAUAUACGAGAAAUUGUGGGGCAGGCGGGGUUCGACUCGUUGGCUGGGAAAAUGGGGCUUUAUGCCAACAUUGAGGAGCUCUAUUUGCUCGACCCCAAAGCUCUCCUUCCUUGCUUUGUGGUAAUCUGCAAACCCUAGAUUGUUUUCGUGGAGGUUGUGUGAAGCAUUACUGCUUUUGGAAGAGAUGGUUUACUCUAAUAUGCAACUUUUUAGCCGUCAAGUAGAGUUUCCUUCUUUGUUUUUCGAUUCUUCAUUUUGCAAGUUCGACACAAAAAUACAGAAAUAGGUUCAUUGUUGAUUUUUCGUA